UUCAGCAAUAUCAUGAAAAUUGUUGAAACAUAAAUUAAUACCAAAAUGUGCCUUUAGUUCCAAAUAUGGCGCAAGCACAAGAGGUCAGACCAAGCACCGCAGUUUCAAAGUUCGAUACCUACUUCGAAACCGUACAAUCCAGAAAGAAAUUAUCACAGACAUUGCAGGAGACAUUGACAGAUGCAUUUGCAAAGAUUCCUGUUUCUUCUUUUCCAGGAGUUCCUGGAGGAAAAGUGAUUGAAAUUCCAGCAGACACACCUGUUGGUGAAGCAGUUAAGAUUCUAUCUGAAAACAACAUUUUAGCUGCUCCAGUUAAAGUCCCAGAUGCAGGAACUAGUUCGGAUUGGAGAGACAGGUACCUUGGCAUCAUAGAUUAUUCAGCUAUCAUUCUCUGGGUGCUGGAGAGUGCAGAACUUGCAGCAGUUGCCUUAUCAGCCGGUACAGCAACAGCUGCUGGAGUUGGCGCAGGAACUAUAGGUGCUUUGGGAGCAUUAGCAUUGGGAGUGACAGGUCCUGCUGCAAUUGCUGGGCUAACUGCUGCUGCAGUAGGUGCUGCAGUGGCAGGUGGAGUUGCUGCAGAUAAAGGGAUGGCUAAAGAUGCUCCGCAAGUGGCUGAUAACCUGGGAGAAGACUUUUACAAAGUAAUACUGCAAGAAGAACCCUUCAAGUCAACAACGGUGCAGUCAAUACUUAAAUCAUAUCGAUGGGCACCUUUUGUUCCAGUUGCAAGAAAUAGCGCCAUGUUGACUGUCCUGCUGCUUCUCUCAAAGUAUAGGCUGAGGAAUGUACCUGUGAUUGAACCAGGUAAACCUGACAUUAUCAACUUCAUUACUCAGUCUGCAGUUGUCCAAGGUCUUGAGGGAUGCAAAGGAAGAGAUUGGUUUGACUGCAUUGCAGAAAGACCUAUAUCUGAUAUGGGACUUCCAUUUAUGUCUACUGAUGAGGUUAUUAGCAUCCAGAGCAAUGAAUUGAUUCUUGAAGCUUUCAAGCAAAUGAGGGAUAAUCAAAUUGGUGGUCUUCCUGUAGUAGAGGGGCCAAAGAAGAGAAUUAUUGGAAACUUAAGCAUAAGAGACAUCAGACACUUGCUGCUGAGGCCUGAGCUUUUCUCCAAUUUUAGGAAUCUCACUGUGAUGGAUUUCAUGAACAAAAUUGUCUCCACAUCCCAAGAAACUGGAAAAGUUACUCGGCCCAUAACAUGCAAGCCUGACUCGACACUGCAGAGCGUGAUCCAUACUCUUGCAUCUCAGUCUAUUCACAGGAUUUAUGCAGUAGAUGGACAGAACGAAGUAGUCGGAGUCAUUACACUGAGAGAUGUAAUCUCCUGCUUCAUCACCGAACCUUCUUACCACUUUGAUGAUUACUACGGAUUUGCGGUGAAAGAGAUGUUGAAUCAGUGA